GUACCACAUCAAAAUUUUUAGCUCAAAAAUUAAAUUUUCAAUAUAUUGAUUCAGCUGUUUAUAGAGCUGUUACAUUAGCAGUAUUGAGAAAGAAUGUUUCAUUAGAUGAUUCAGAUAGAAUAGUAAAUAUAGCAUUGAGGAAUGUUUCAAGUAUAGCAUCAAAUAGUAAAGUAAGAGAAAUGCUAGUAGAAAAAUUUAGGUCCUUAGCAUCAUCAUCAGAAAUUAAAGGUGUGGUAAUGGAUGGUAGAGAUGUUGGUACAGUUAUCUUACCUGAUGCCGAAUUAAAAAUUUUUUUUAUAGCAGAUAUACAAAUCAGAGCUAAAAGAAGAUACGAAGAAAUAUUAUUACAAAUGAAUAAUACUAUUCAUAACACUUCAAUAAAUUUUGAACAAGUUUUGAAUGAUUUGGAAAGAAGAGACAAAGAAGAUUUUGAACGGGCAGUAUCACCACUUAGGAAAGUUAAAGAUUCUAUUGUGAUUAAUACUGAUAAUCUUAGUGUUCAAGAAAGAGUCGAAAUGAUUGCUGCUUUAGCAAAAGUUAGAAUGAAAAAUUAA